CCUAGUUCUUCCAGAGCCUGGAGCUCCAGUUGGGGUAAGGAGGCCCCGACCCCAGUUUGUGUCCUUUGAGUCACUGAGGACUUUGGAAAUCUCAAAUGGCCAGACUACUGCAACCUCCACCCAAGUUCCUGCCCGCAGAGUGGUAUGUUGCUAACAAGAGCCAGUACCACAGGGCGGAGGCCCAAAGGUCCCGAUCUGAACGCUUGGUGGCAGAGAGCCAGAGGCUUGUGGAUGAAAUCGAAAAGACCACCCGGAAAUCUCAAAGUGAUGUGAACAAGAAACUUGAACAGAGACUCGAGGAAGUCAGGUUCUGGAAGAAGGAGUUAGAUGACAAACUUGAACAGCUCAUGCAUGAAACGGAUGGCCUACUCAUGUACAAAACCCACCUGGAAAAGGCCCUGGAGAGCUUUAAAGAGCCACUGUGCAUCUCUGAGAGGUGCCUGGCCUACAGGGAUAAGCGUGUGGGCAUCGACCUGGUGCAUGACCAGGUGGAGCAGGAGCUGCUGAAGGAGGCUGAGAUCAUCCGAGGCGUCAUGGCCCUGCUGACACGCACCAUGGAGGAGGUAUCUGAGCAGAUCAGGCUAAACCGCUCUGCCAAAUACAGUCUGGAAAAGGAUUUGAAGGACAAGUUUAUGGCCUUGACCAUUGAUGACAUCUGCUUCUCACUCAACAAUAACUCACCAAAUAUAAAAUAUUCUGAGAACGCCAUGAGAAUUGAACCCAAUUCCGUGAGUCUGGAGGACUGGCUAGACUUUUCUAACACCAACGUGGAGAAGGCAGACAAACAGCGGAACAACUCAAUGGCACUGAAGACCCUGGUAGAUUGCAUUCUGUCACAGACAGCCAACGACCUGCGUAGGCAGUGCGACGUGGUAGACACGGCUUUCGAGAACGGGCUGAAGGAGACCAAGGAUGCCAGGGACAAGUUGGCUGAUCAUUUGGCCAAGGUUAUGGAAGAGAUUGCUUCCCAGGAGAAAAACAUCAUGGUUCUUGAAAAAGCCAUUACUGAUCAAGAAGGUCCUGCCAAGGUGGCUCACACACGCCUAGAGACCAGGACACACCGGCCCAAUGUGGAGCUGUGUCGUGAUGUUGCUCAGUACCGGCUGAUCAAGGAGGUGCAAGAGAUCAACUAUAAUGUUUCCAGGUUGAAGGAAACCCUAGCUCAGGCUCAGAUAGAGCUGAAGGCACUGUACCGCAGGCAGCUGGCCCUGCAGGAAGAGAUCCAGGUCAAGGAGAACACCAUCUAUAUUGACGAGGUGCUGUGUAUGCAGAUGAGGAAGUCCAUCCCCCCUCGAGAUGGUGACAACAAAGUGGGUUGGGGUGGGGGCAGCUGCCCUGAGGCCAUCUGCUAAUAGUAGGAAGUGUUCAGAUUCUCAUUAAA